AUGAAGCUGAGCAGCGUCUCUCUACUCACUGUGACCGUCCUGCUUUGCGUUCACAUGGCCCAGCCUGGAGUCCCGGGGCUUGCGGCUACACAGAAACCUGGCUACUGCCCAGAGUUUCCUCUUUCCUGCCCGUUCACCCUAUUACCUGCGUGCCGGAGCGACAGAGGGUGCCAGGGGGCCAAGAAGUGCUGCUUCUUCUACUGUCGACGCCACUGUGUGGAGCCCUGGACGACGCUGGACUGAGGUGGAAACCCCUUCUUAACUAGGCCUGAGGAGACGCUGCUGCUAUUGGCUCAGGCUUGGAUAUCUAAUUGGUCUCUAAUUCUUCCAUGCUCCUCCCAGUCCUAGGACUUCCUUUGAUUAAGAGUUACGUGUUUGUUAAUAUGAAUACAAUGCAAAUAAAUAUGGCAUUAUAUUUUUAAAACUAAA